UGAUGUGUAGAAGAGAGUGAAAACAUUUUCCUUGCCUACUUGUAUGGUCCUUUCCUUCAGGGAAAUCUGCUUCCUUCACUCAUCAUGCCAUCCUUCAAUCAGAGCAUUUUCCACCCUGCAGUCUUCUUUCUUACUGGCAUCCCUGGCUUUGAAACUUACCAUGCCUGGCUCUCCAUCCCUUUUUGUUGUCUCUAUGCCAUUGCCAUCUCUGGGAAUGGCAUGAUCCUGUUUGUGAUCUUCACUGAGUCGAGCCUCCAUGAACCCAUGUACUAUUUCCUCUCCAUGCUAUCUUUCACGGACCUAGGACUAUGCCUUUCCACAUUGGUCACCAUGCUGGGUAUUUUCUGGUUCAAUGCUCGAGAAAUUAGUUUUGAUGCCUGCAUUGGUCAAAUGUUCUUUAUCCAUGGUUUCACAUUCAUGGAGUCCUCAGUACUCCUGGCGAUGGCCUUUGAUCGCUUCACUGCCAUCUGUAACCCACUGAGAUAUGCCACAAUCUUAACCAAUUCAAGGAUCAUCAAAGUGGGCUUUGCCAUUGUUAUUAGGGGGACAACGGCUCUAGUGCCUUUACUCCUGCUCCUAAAGCGUCUGUCUUUCUGCCAUGGCCAUGUUCUGCACCAUUCAUAUUGUUUCCACCCUGAUGUGAUGACGCUUUCAUGCACAGACACCAAGAUCAACAGUGCAUUUGGUUUGGCCAUUGUCAUAUCAACUGCUGGCCUAGACUCUGUGUUUAUCCUCCUUUCCUAUGUUCUGAUCAUCCACUCUGUGCUCAACAUGGCCUCCCCAGAGGAGCGGAAAAAGGUCUUUGGUACCUGUGUCUCACACAUAAGUGCUGUUGCCAUCUUCUACAUUCCCAUGAUCAGCUUGUCACUGGUGCAUAGAUUUGGGAAGCAAGCCCCUCCCCUUGUGCACACUCUCAUUGCCAAUGUUUAUCUGCUCAUCCCUCCUGUGAUGAAUCCCAUAAUCUACAGUGUGAAAACCAAGCAAAUUCGUAAGGCAGUGCUCAAAAUAUUCCUUUCUAAGAUGAUUUAG